GCGUCGGUUACUUGAGUUUUCAAACAAACCGUCAUUCAUUAAUAAGCUGUUAUUAUUUUUCGAAAUUGUCACAAUAAUUAAUUGAAUUAAAGCGGAAACAUUAUUUUAUUCAUGAAAAGUAAGUGCGAAUGAUAUCGAUAAAAUGCGCAAAAGUUCAACAACAACUAGACGACGUUCUUCGUCAAACCCUGGCAGGUUUUCACAGCAGGAGCAAGACAGAAAUUCUAUGAGAAUGGAUUCUCGAAGACCACAAAAUGUAAAAGCAAAAGAUUCAAAUUUUGGUGGCCGUGAUUCAAUGAUUCCUAAGCCACAGAUACGUAGCUCUUCAUCUGAUAGACUUAGUGGCAUGCGAAAAUCAAAUUUAAGACCAACAACAGGUCCCAAAACAUCUGUUGGUCAAUAUGUUACAGUAACAUCUGCUAUUUCUCCAAUGCCUAGUAAUUCUCGUUAUACACAUGUGAUAGAAAAAUCUACACGCCCAUCUACUGAUCAAAAUAUUAGGAGUAGAGCAUCUUGUGUUGAUCAAGGUGGUUUAUCUUCAAAAGUAUAUAUCACUCCAGGUGGAUCACGCCAAACAGCAUCAGCAAGUGAUGGAAGAAAUGUUAGAGCAUCUUCAGCUGAACGAGCAAAUGCCCUUGCUCCAAAGGGUACCAAAAAGGACAUCAGACCACUAAGUGAUAAAAAUUAUCAAAAUGAAAUGUUACACAAAAUUGAUAACUAUUUUGCUUCUAUUGGACAGAGCACAAUUUUGAAUAGUAAUGGUAGUAUAAAACCACUAACUAUAAAGAUAUUUGUGGAUGCAACAAAUUUAUUAAUAGCUCUUUUGGAUAUGAAACAAUCGCUAACAGCAGCCAAUUACACUGAGGAAAUUCCUAAAAUUGCAAAAAAGCUUCAUUACCCAGGUUUAACAAAUAAAUCUUGGCUAAAAACUGCUAAUACCCCACAUACUUUGCAUCAUGCUCUAGGCUGGAUUUGUUGGCUGGUUGAAUUGUGUGAAGUUAAAGAUUUAGCUAGUGAAAUAUUUACUCUUGAGAGACUACCAAUUAUUGGAAAUGAUGAUGAGGAAAAAGAAAAACAUCGUAAAAUUUUUCUUGUUAUGAUUCAAUGUUAUAAAGCAUGGAACGAUGAAAAGCCAGAAGAUGAAGAAAUGAUAAUGCAAGAAUUUUUUCAAGAAGAAGCAUUAAGGAGAGGUAUCAGUGAUGACAAGCAUGAGCAAAUCCGAUUAGAGUUUGAAAAAGUUAGAGCAAAUUUAGAAAAGGAACAAGUUAAAUAUAAUAAAGUUAAUGAGGAAGUAACAGAACUCCAAGAAAUUUUAAAUAACAUGAAGAAAGAUCGGACUAAACAAGUAGAUCACAUAGCUGAACAACAAAAAUAUAUAGAGAAAACACUUAAAGAAAUUGAACAAUUUAGUAAAGAAUCAGUUAUGUUUGCAGAAAAUAUUAAGAAAUUCGAAAAACAAAAAGAAGAAUUAAGUAAUACUAUUAAAAAGCAACCAAUGUCUGUUAUGGAAAGAGAUGAAAUAAUCAAAAAAUGUAUUGAGCAGCAAACAUAUAUACAAAAUUUUGAUACUCAUUUAGAAGAAAUUAAAAAAGAAGCUUAUGCCUUAGAUAUGCGUUUAGUCUCAUCAAAAACAAGUCUUGAAAAAACUAUAUUUGCUUAUAAUAAGGCACUCUUUAUGCAACUUUCAGAUGCCAAUGUUGAUUAUAAAGACUUUCAAAUGCCAGAAACUGGUGUGUGUGAAUCUAAUUUUAUAAAAAGAUUAGAAGAAAAGAAAAAAUUGAUGAGUACCUUCAUAUUAGAACAGUCAAAAGAACUAAAUAAAAAAAUGACACAGUUGGAAUCUCACAACAGAGAAAUAGAAGCAAUGCAAACAAAAAGAGAUACACUGUCUGAGAAAAUGGAAAAGAAGAAAGCCAUGGAAGAGAAACGGAAGCAAGAUUUAAAAACAAAAGAAAAUAAAAAACGUGAAGAAAUUAGAAAAUUGCAAUGUAGUAUUACAGAGUUGAAUGAAGUUAUUGCAAAAUCUUCAGAGGAGGUUGAUAUUAUAAAUCAACAGUUAGCGAAUGCCACUGAAAAAAGAGAGGCUGUUUUAGAAAAAAAUGCACAUCUUAAAGAAUCUGCAAAAACGUUAUUUGCUGGAAUGUAUAAUAUUUUAGAUAAUCACAGAGAUAAAAUAAGAAAAACGUUAGAAAUGUUAACAGUAAAACAAAUUAAGUAAGAAAUACGUCGUUUUCUUAUGUACAGGAAUUUAUGUAAGCUCAUUAAACAAAUAUUUUUCUACCAAAAUAAAUGGUGUUCAAUAUUAUGCGACUGAAAAUUAAAAAAUGUCAGUAUAAUAUAUUAUUUUAUUAAAAUUGUAUCCGAAAUUUUUAAAUAUUGUAAAUAGUGUAAUAUUUAAUAAGAAAGUAUCUACAAGUUAGAUUUAAUUUACAAUUUUAACUUUAUUACAAAC